AUGCUGGUCCCUUCAGCAUCACUGGCGUCGCCGACGCCGUCAGUGACUCCGACUCCGACCUUUGAUGUCUUUGGCGCUGCUUUGCUUCGACCACGCCAAACCGACUUCUAUGGGGGUUGCUAUAAUUACGGAUCAAACGUUUACUCCUGCACGACCCAUCUGUCAGAAUGCUACAGUGACUUCGACUUCGUGACAGCCGGAGGAGGGCCGGAGAAUGGACUUGCCUACAACAGUGCCGUCGACUCCGCUGUUCAGUCAUGUGUCUGCACCCAUGGACAAGCCUACUGGAACUGCUGGUAUACUAGAAUCGCGACUGGAACCUGCUCCAGUUUGUAUGACGGCUGGAAUGAUCUAUACGCCUCAGCCCUCGGAUCAACAUGCGGCAACAUCAUUGGCGGCCCCCAGGGCCAGCAACAACCUAACAUACCGACUUCUGUGUCUCUCGCGUUACAAACCGUCAACGUCGUUACUGUCAGCACUCGUAUCAACACUCCCGCCUAUGACGGACAGCCCAAAUUCCAAGGCACAGGUGCUCUCCUCAAGGAAGAAUGUGGUCAAGCCAGCUUCACUCUCGUAGACGCUGGGAAUACCGCAUAUUACGCUGGCUUCCUCGGCUGCAUCAAAGACCGCCCUGAUUGCUGUCCUUGGCCCGUCGAGACCGCCGCCGCAGCAGUUGCCUCGGCGGUGUCCGGAUCCAACGCGGCAGAGCUGGAGAAGCUUGGCUUCGACUACCCCAUUCCUGUCGACGCAAAGCAAGCCAGACUCCAAACAUGCGCUGAGGAUUACUAUUCUGUGGAUGGCGGCUGCUGCCCCAACGGCUUCGUACCAUUCACCUCAGCGGUGGGUGGCCAGACGCCCUGCUGGUCUUCUAUCAAAGCUGGAACUACCCGACCCCCUACCCUCACGGUGGAAAGGGGCAAGGAAACCAAGACCGACCGGGAGACCUCGGCGGUCGUCAACAUUGUCUGGUCUAUGCGUUAUCCGGUUGUGGAACAAAGCUCUGGCGGCCUCUCGGUAGCAGCCAAAGCUGGCAUCGGUGCCGGUGCAGGCGUAGCUGCCAUCCUCAUCGGUGGUCUCGCCUUUUGCCUCUGGCGUCAACGCAAAAAGAACAAGCAGCUCGAGGCCCGGCAGCCCGCCGACCCCAAUUCCGCAGCAGCGGCAGCAGCUCAAACAGUCCCCCAGCAGCAAAUGGCACAAACCCAACCCCAACCCGGGCAACCUCAACAGUUCCCUAACGGCCAAUUCCAGCCCAUGCCAGGUCAGCAACAACCACCACCACCACAAGGCCAAUACCCCCCGCCGGCCCAGUUCCAAAACGGCUACCCCUCUCCCAACCAAUACAUCGCCGCUGGUGCCAUACCCCCGGGAACAGACCCCUCCCGCCACAGCGUCAACACAUCCAUCUCCUCCCCCUCCGCUCUCAUGGCGCAAAACACCGGAGCUUCCAGCACAACCAACGGCCACGCAUCCGAGCUGUCAUCUCUGAGCGGUGGACAAAACCCAUUCAACACCCACCCUCAGAGCACGCCUUCCCCGGGAGUGGGUGCUGGACCAGGCGGGUACCCGGCGCCUAUUGCCGAGGCAGAUGAGGGACAGCAUCAUGGUCAGAAUCAGUUUUACGGUGGUGGUUAUCAGCAGAAUCAAGGGCAGUAUUACAACCAGCAACCACAGGGAGGGUUCCCGCCGCAGCAGCAAUAUGGUGCCCCGUACGUGCAGCAAGGGGGCCAGCAAUGGCAGGGCCAGCCGCAGGGACAGAAUCCGUGGCAGGGCCAGCAGUAUCAUAACGCGGCGGAGAUGAGUGCGCAGAGGGAGGCCGAUCCCCCUCAGGAGGUUAUGGGGAGUUAUCCGCAGAGUAAUCAGCAGCAGCAGCAGUGA